AUGGCCAUCUCUAGAGUUGGGAAGCUUGCGUGCCUUGUUCUGGCAUUCAUGUUGGUGACUACAACCUUUGCGGAAGCUACCAUGACAUGCUCGGAGGUGGACAAGAAGCUGUCAGCCUGCCUCAAUUACCUGCGCAAGGGCAGCUCUGUCUCUUCUUCUUGCUGCAAAGGUGUAAAGAGUCUCAAUUUUGCCACUAAAACCAUCGCCGACCGUCAAGCCACUUGCCGGUGCCUCAAGUCUGCCUAUAGUUCCAUCUCUGGUAUCAAUCUUAGUUACGCUUCUAAACUCCCUAGUGCUUAUGGUGUCAAGCUCCAUUACAAGAUCAGCACAUCCACUAACUGUUCCAAGGUGAAGUGA